AUGUCAACACCCUGGGCUAAACCCGAAAUCUGGGAUACUGCAGCAGCAAAAUACAAUGACGCCGUUGGACGUAGUUCCCGAAUUGGCGCAAAGCGGUUGAUAGAACUUUCACCUAUCUCGAGACCAGAUGCGCGUGCCAUCGAUCUCGGCGCUGGCACAGGCUCACUCACUCGCCAACUCGCCGCCUCAUUUCCAAAUUUACCGAUCCUUGGCACAGAUAUAUCACCCGGCAUGCUCGACGCCCUGAUAUCUCUCGAUAAGAAAAAAGGUAGCCAGAUCACUACCCAAGUCGUCGACAUGGCUUCUCCGAUCGGCGGAGAAGCAUCUGAGGGAAAGUUCUCCCACGUUUUUAGUACCAUGGCAAUUCAAGUUCUACCAGAUCCAGCUUCUGACGGAACCCUUGGUCAAUGGGCACGACUUUUGAAACCAGGUGGUGUAAUUGCGAUUGCACUUUGGAAUUUUGAUGAAAACUGCGGACCUCAUGCAAUUUGGAACGAGGCCGCUACGGCAGUAGAUCCGAAUUAUGUUCCUCCACCGAUUUUAACACCCCAGGCAUGGACUGGUUGCGCGGACUUGGAAAAGGGACUGGAAAGAUCGGGGUUCUUGAAUGUGAAAACCGAAGUUGUACAUCUUGGUUUUGACGUUGGAAAGGAGGGGUUUUUGAAGUUCUUCUGGGAGAGUGGGAAUCCGAUGCCGGUCGACAGACAAGGGAGCUUCAAGGGAGAUUUGGACAAGGUCAGGGUCGAGAUGGAGAAGUUUCUGGAGGUAAAGUACGAUAGGGGUACCAGAAUUCCAUUAUCUGCCGCAGUUGGUGUGGGGGAAAAACCGAAAACAGACUGA